UCUCUCUCUCAGUGCAGUGAUGGCAGUCUCUAUCUCUCGUGACCUCUCAGUGACGCUGACAGACAGCAGUAAUGACAAGCUGGCAGACAGACAGUGGCUGGUGAAGGAGAGUAUAGCGAGAGGAGAGCCCAAGGCCCUCGGGGUGUCGGAGGUGAUGGUGGGGGUGCUCGUGAUCUGCUUCGCUGCCCCCCUCAUGGCCGGCGAUGUGACAGAGGUGCUGAACUUCGGCGUGCCCUGGUGGAGUGGGGUCAUGUUCAUCGUUUCAGGAGCUGUGGCUAUAGUGACGGAGAAGCACACUACUCUCUUGGCUGUGCAAGUGUGCCUGGCUGCCACCGCCCUGGCCGCGGUCGUGUCCCUGGUGGCCGUGAUCAUCUACUUCGUGGAUCUGUUCAGCAACCCGGAGACGGGCUGCACAUCCGACUCCGAGGAGACGGGAGACUGCAAUGGUCACCAGCAGUUCGCCACGGCCUUCUCUCGGGGAGUGAAGUCUUCUCUCCUGGUGUUCACGGUGGUUCAGACUGUCAUCAGCUUCUUCCUCAGCAUCUUCCUCUUCCGAGAGAAGAAGAAGUUCACCCCCUACACGGCUCUGAACCUGAGCGCCCCACCGACUCCCACGACAACCGGAUUCCCAGUUAUGAACUGAGCAGGGAGAGGAGGGAUGCUAUUCCGGGACGCGUUACUCUGAAUUGUACACAGCAGCCCCAGUACGGAUCUAAUCUCUCUACGUGUCUAUCCCUCCAUCCAUACACGUGCCUAUCAAACUGCCCAUUCAUUCAUCCUCUCUUUGAAGGGUCUGAGGAGAUUUCUGUCUCCAUCCCACUCAUGCCCCUCUCCCUGGGGACCAGCUGUGUCUCAGAGCCGUCCAGUUUGUGUCCCAGUAUUGUCAUACUCUGUACUCAGUGUAUACAAUCUGUCAUUAUUCUGUAUACUCUAUUUCAUAUGUUUCAAUAAACUUGAUUAAUCGUCAA